AUGUCCUCUUGCAAAGCCCUCGGAGAGUUUCAAUACAGCACUAGAGGCAGGAGCUUUCGUGAUGGGACAUAUUUCGGCUUCAACCCGAAAGCACUCAUGAAAGGGUUAUGCGAGCACAAGGAAACCCUGGAACUUCUUGACGUUGAUGCCGACACGCAUUUUUUCUUUUUCCGCGCCGAUUACUUGGACUUGCGAGGUAGUCUUGGGGUGGACUUCGACGACAGUAUGUGGGAAGGCCCCUGUAACGGCGACUACGAAGAUGACGAUGAUUCUGAACGCGAGCGACAUGAAUUCUUGGCGAGAGUUUGGAAACACAGAGGAACACUCAAAGACUUUGUGGCUAUGGGCAUUGGAUUGUUGCUGUAUUUUGCCGAUGGGCUCGGCGGGACGGUUCGCACGAAGAGAGUCAACUCCAUGCUAGUGGAGUCUCUGCCAGAUAGCCUGGAAUAUUUCUGCAUCAGGGGAUACCAGAAACGGGCAAACAAGUUCUGGGAUGAGCAGGUGGAAAAGCUCAUAGCUCGAUUCGACCCAGGACAUACGGCGCUGAAAUAG